GAGCCGUUGGAUUGUCCACGAGGAGCCGAUCUCGCUGACCCGUUCUUCGAAGGCCUAUAAAUAGGUCUCCACCGCGUGCAAGUCACAACUUUUGAUCGCUCGAGGGGGAAUUAGGGCUCGUUGAUUCUCUGAAAAGCUUCUUCGAGAGAUGGCUCGUACCAAGCAGACUGCUCGCAAGUCCACCGGAGGAAAGGCUCCCAGGAAGCAGCUUGCCACGAAGGCGGCACGCAAGUCUGCUCCUACAACUGGUGGAGUGAAGAAGCCUCACCGCUACCGCCCUGGAACUGUUGCUCUUCGUGAGAUUCGUAAGUAUCAGAAGAGCACUGAGCUGCUCAUAAGGAAGUUGCCUUUCCAGAGGCUUGUCAGGGAAAUUGCACAGGACUUCAAGACUGAUCUGCGGUUCCAGAGCCAUGCAGUGCUUGCCCUUCAGGAGGCAGCGGAGGCGUAUCUUGUGGGUCUUUUUGAGGACACCAACCUGUGCGCCAUCCAUGCCAAGCGUGUAACCAUCAUGCCCAAGGAUAUUCAGCUGGCCAGGAGGAUCCGUGGUGAGAGGGCUUGAGCUCUCUCUGUCUGUCUCUAGUCUCAUGCUUAUGUUUCUCGUGUAGUAUCAGUUUGUCGAACUGAUUUAUGUUUUUGUUCAGUUGGUAUUUAUGCAACAUGGACAAUGUACGUUUUAAAGUCAUUAGAGUGGCGUAGGAUGCUAAUGUUGAACCUUUUGUUAUUGGUUGGUGAUAGGUCAUCCAUCCCCUGGUGGAUGUGUAUUGAAUUAUUAAUGUGUUCUAUGUGGUUUUAUGGAUUGGACUGUUUGGCUUGUGUAUC